CACGCAUGCGCGCCGUACACAAAGGCGCUCCGGAUCGGUAAAGGUUAAAUAUGAGAAGGAAUUUGUCUCCAGGAAGCUCAAACAUGGCACACCAGUUUUGUUGUCUCUGUCUAGAUAUUUAAUAAGUGGAGCAAGGGAUUCAAUCGACCAUCCUUCCUGCUCAGACUGUGGGGAGGGAUUAACUUGGUCAUUUGACCAACUGGCAAGCCCGUCAUUUUACACAGGAGAAAGGCCAUUCACUUGCUCAGAAAGUGGGAAUGGAUUCACUCAGUUAUCUCAAUUGGAAGGUACAAAUUCACACUGGGCAAGGCCAUUCAUCUGUUCUGUGUGUGAGAAAGGAUUCAGUUGGUCUUCCCACCUGUGGAAACACCAGUCAGUUCACACCAUACUGGGCAGAGGCUAGUCAUCUGCUGAAUUUCUGGGAAAGGAUUCACUCAGUCAUUUGACCUAAUGGCUCACCAGCGAGUUCACACCAGGGAGCGGCCGUUCACCUGCUCAGUCUGUGAGAAGAGAUUCACUCACUCUUCCACCCUAUGGAAACACCAGCGCGUUCAUACUGGGGAGAAGCCAUACACCUGCUCAGUCUGUGGGAAGAGAUUCACUGAGUCAUCCACCCUACUGGUACAUCAGCGAGUUCACACUGGGGAGAGGCCAUUCACCUGCUCUGUCUGUGGGAAGGGAUUUAAUCGGUUAUCCCACCUACAGAGUCACGAGCGAGUUCACACUGGGGAGAGGCCUUUCACCUGCUCAAAAUGUGGAAAAGGAUUCACUGAUCCAUCCAACCUACAGAGACAUCAGCGAGUUCACACUGGGGAGAAGCCGUUCAUCUGCUCAGAAUGCGGGAAAGAAUUCACUGAGUUAUCCAACCUACAGAGUCACCAGCGAGUUCACACUGGGGAGAAGCCAUUCACCUGCUCAGAGUGUGGGAAAGGAUUCACUGAUUCAUCCACCCUGCAGAGUCAUCAGCGAGUUCACACUGGAGAGAAACCUUUCACCUGUUCAGAAUGUGGGAAAGGGUUCACUCAUUUAUCCAACCUACGGAGACACCAGAGAGUUCACACUGGGGAGAAACCAUUUACCUGCUCAGAAUGUGGGAAAGGAUUCAGUGAGUCAUCCACCCUACUGGUACAUCAGCGAGUUCACACUGGGGAGAAGCCGUUCACCUGCUCAGAAUGUGGGAAAGGAUUUACUGCUUCAUCCACCCUGCAUAGUCACCAGCGAGUUCACACUGGGCAGAAGCCUUUCACCUGCUCAGUCUGUGGGAAAGGAUUCACUCGGUCAUCCAACCUACAGAGUCAUCAGCAAGUUCACACUGGAGAGAGGCCGUUCACCUGCUCAGUCUGUGGGAAGAGAUUCUCUCAUUCAUCCACCCUACAGAAUCAUCAGCGAGUUCACACUGGGGAGAAGCCGUUCACCUGCUCAGUCUGUGGGAAGAGAUUCACUCAGUCAUCCCAAGUACAGAGUCAUCUGCGAGUUCACACUGGGGAGAAGCCGUUCACCUGUUCAGAAUGUGGGAAGGGAUUUACUCAGUUAUCCCAACUACUGAGUCAUCAGCGAGUUCACACUGGGGAGAAGCCGUUCACCUGCUCAGUCUGUGGGAAGGGAUUCACUGAUCCAUCCAACCUACAGAGUCAUCAGCGAGUUCACACUGGGGAGAAGCCGUUCACCUGUUCAGAAUGUGGGAAGGGAUUUGCUCAGUCAUCCCAACUACUGAGUCAUCAGCGAAUUCAUACUGAUGAGAGACCAUUCCCCUGCUCAGUCUGUGGAAUGAGAUUCACACAUUCAUCCACCCUACAGAGACACCAGCGAGUUCACACUGGGGAGAAGCCAUUCACCUGCUCAGUCUGUGGGAAGAGAUUCACUCGGUCAUCUGACCUACAGAGUCAUCAUCGAAUUCACACUGGGAAGAAGCCGUUCACUUGCUCAGAAUGUGGGAAGAGAUUCACUCAUUCAUCCACCCUACAGAAUCACCAGCGAGUUCACACUGGGGAGAAGCCAUUCCCCUGCUCAUUAUGUGGGAAGAGAUUCACUCGCUCUUCCACCCUGCAGAGACAUCAGCGUGUUCACACCGGGGAGAAGCCAUUCACCUGCUCAGUCUGUGGGAAGGGAUUCACUCAGUCAUCCCACCUACAGAGUCAUCAGCGAGUUCACACUGGGGAGAAGCCGUUCACCUGCUCAGUCUGUGGGAAGGGAUUCUCUCAGUCAUCCAACCUACAGAAUCAUCAGCGAGUUCACACUGGGGAGAAGCCGUUCACCUGUUCAGAAUGUGGGAUAGGAUUCACUCAGUCAUCCCAACUACUGGCACAUCAGUCAGUUCAUAAUGGUGAGUGGCCAUUCACCUGCUCAGUCUGUGGGAAGGGAUUCACUCAGUCAUCCACCCUACUGAGUCAUCAGCGAGUUCACACUGGGGAGAGGCCAUUCACUUGCUCAGUCUGUGGGAAGGGAUUCUCUCACUCAUCCACCCUACAGAGACACCAGCGAGUUCACAGUGGGGAGAGACCAUUCACCUGCUCAGUCUGUGGGAAGGGAUUCACUCAGUCAUCCAUCCUACGGAGUCAUCAGCGAUUUCACACUGGGGAGAAGCCAUUCACCUGCUCAGUCUGUGGGAAGGGAUUCACUCGGUCAUCCAUCCUACAGAGUCAUCAGCGAGUUCACACUGGGGAGAAGCCGUUCACCUGCUCAGUCUGUAUGAAGGGAUUCACUCAGUUAUCCAGCCUACAGAGUCAUCAGCGAGUUCACACUGGGGAGAAGCCAUUCACCUGCUCAGACUGUGGGAAGAGUUUCACUCGGUCAUCCCAACUACUGGCACACCAGUCAGUUCAUACUGGGGAGAAGCCAUACACCUGCUCAGUCUGUGGGAAGGGAUUCUCUGAGUCAUCCAGAUUACUAAGUCAUCAGCGAGUUCAUACUGGGGAGAAGCCAUUCACCUGCUCAGACUGUGGGAAGGGAUUCACUCAGUCAUCCAAUCUACAGAAUCAUCAGCGAAUUCACACUGGGGAGAAGCCAUUCACCUGCUCAGUCUGUGGAAAGGGAUUCACUCGGUCAUCCCACCUACAGAAUCAUCAGCGAGUUCACACUGGGGAGAAGCCAUUCAUCUGCUCAGAAUGCGGGAAGGGAUUCACUCAGUCAUCCACCCUACUGAGUCACCAGCGAGUUCACUCUGGGGAGAAGCCAUUCACCUGCACAGUAUGUGGGAAGGGAUUCACUCGUUCAUCCACCCUACAGAGUCAUCAGCGAGUUCACACUGGGGAGAAGCCUUUCACCUGCUCAGUCUGUGGGAAGGGAUUCACACAGUUAUCCAACCUACAGAGUCAUCAGCGAUUUCACACUGGGGAGAAGCCGUUCACCUGCUCAGACUGUGGGAUAGGAUUCACUCAGUCAUCACAACUACUGGCACACCAGUCAGUUCACAGUGGCGACUGGCCGUUGUUAUGAAUCCCUGGGUUUCGUUUGCUGUGGACUGUUAUUUUAAGAGAGAGAGAGAUUAGGAUGCCGAUUCAGUCUGACUUGCAGCUUGUUUUCAUUGCUCGCAGCUUGUUUAAUUUUAACCGAGGACACAGACACUCAGAGUCAGAUGGAGACAAAGGAGGAAAAAUGGAAGGAUCGAAACCAGGGAACUAGUGGCCAAGGGUCACUGUUUGGAACUUUCCUAUGCCCAUAAGGAUGGGUUAAUUAUUGAUUCACCGUACAUCGAAUGUGUGGUUGUCACCUCAUUUGAUCCUUAAGAGUGGAUCGGAUUUGGCGCAUCCUGUGGAGACCACUUAUGUGUUAACCCUUGCCUGGCUGUGGUGUGGUAGUUCACGAAGACGAUACCGCUUGUGACAAGUCACUUUCGAUGAUAAUUUGUAUGUGGAUUUGGAACGAUGACGGAUAAAAUCUCCAGCAACUGUUCUCUCGUUUUACCACCAUGGAACCUGUGCAAUUCUACAUAUUUGACUUCUCUCGCCAUUUACCCUGGAUUAUAAGUCUCUCUCUCUCAUCGCCUAUUCUGUAGUUGAACUGAACUUUAAUACUUACCAUCUCAAGACUGUAAGCCUUGUUUCCCCCGAGCUCAAUAGUCCGGGAGUUAUAUUUACACACAUUUAUAAACGUAACACUGUUAAC